UGUCACUAUUACUUCAUGCUCAUUGGCCCAAUACCGAGAGAGGCAGAGGCUGAGCGAAGGCAAACAAGGGGAGAGAGAAAGAGCCGGACCCCCGCGCUCUGCUCCAUCGAUCUGCAGAGGCGCACUGAGGAUCCUCUAUCUGCGCUGGGCACGGAUUUCUCUCUUUCCUUCAUCUUCUGGAAUGCCAAAGGUGGAUCAGCUGUUUUGAACAGGAUGCUGCUGGGCAAUUUGAUAGUGUUAGUAUUCUCUCUUUUGGGAACGGACCUCAGCAGAGCUCACAUAUUUGAAGCCACACGAUCUGGAGAAGGAGAUAGCUCACCACCUUUUAUGAAAUUGGUAUCAGUGUACGACAGCAAAGCGGGCUCAUGUAAGGGGAGAUGCUUUGAGCUGGAAGAAGCAGAUCCUCCAGGAUGCAGAUGUGACAAUCUGUGUAAAACUUACCUCAGCUGUUGCUCUGAUUUCGAUACUCACUGCCUAAAAACAGCUGGGGGGUUUCAGUGUUCACGUGAACGCUGCGGGGAGACCAGGAAUGAUGACCAUGCCUGCCACUGUUCAGAUGACUGCCUUGAGAAAGGAGACUGCUGUUCUAAUUACAAAUCCACCUGCAGAGGUGAGACAUCAUGGUUGGAGGACAGCUGUGAAGAUAUCAAGAGUCCUGAAUGUCCUGCAGGUUUUGUUCGUCCUCCUCUCAUCAUGCUGUCUGUUGAUGGAUUUAGAGCUUCCUACCUGAAGAAGGGCAAAUUUGUCAUCCCAAACUUGCAUAAACUCAGAUCAUGUGGAGUAUCACCUCCAUACAUAAGACCAGUCUAUCCAACUAAGACAUUUCCCAAUUUAUACACCCUAGCCACAGGUCUGUACCCAGAGUCCCAUGGAAUUGUGGGAAACACCAUGCAUGACCCAGUGUUCAAUGCCACCUUCAGCCUGCGCUCAAGGGAGAAAUUAAACCACCGCUGGUGGGGUGGAGAGCCAAUCUGGAUUACAGCAGAGAAACAAGGAGUAAAAGCAGCAACUUUCUUCUGGCCCUGGGUCAUUCCUCUGGAAAGAAGGAUUUUGACCAUACUCCGUUGGCUCAAGCUUUCAGAUGAAGAGAGGCCGUAUGUCUAUGCAGUCCACUCAGAGCAGCCGGAUACCUUUGGUCACCGUCUCGGACCACUUAGCAGCGAGCUGGACAACCCUCUGAGGGAAGUCGACAACAUCAUUGGUCAGCUUAUGAAUGGACUCAAACAGAUGAAUCUACACCGAUGUGUCAACGUCAUCAUUGUAGGGGAUCAUGGUAUGGAUGAAGCCCACUGUGAUAGGACAGAGUUCCUCAGCAGCUACCCUCUAAAUCUAGAUGAAAUCAUCCUCAUCCCUGGUGCCAUUGGUAGAAUACGUCCCCGUGACCCCAAAUCAGCCACAUAUGACCCAAAGGUUGUGGUUGGAAACCUUACUUGUAAAAUGCCUACUCAGCACUUUAAACCAUACCUGAAGCAGCAUUUACCCAAGAGGCUUCACUACGCCAACAACCGCAGGAUCGAGGAUGUCCAGCUGGUGAUGGAGAGAAAAUGGCACAUUGCUAAAAAAAUGCCAGAAAAACCCAGAACUCCAUGCUUUUUCUUCGGUGACCAUGGCUUCGACAACAAGUAUACAAGCAUGAGGACUAUUUUUGUCGGCCAUGGACCAAGCUUCAAAUUUCAGAAAAGUGUUCCAGAGUUCGACAACAUAGAGUUAUACAACGUCAUGUGCGAUUUGUUAGGUUUGAAGCCGGCUCCCAACAAUGGAACACACGGCAGCUUGAACGACUUGCUGAAGAAUCCACCAUUCCAUCCCACCGUGCCAGAGGAAGUCACACCUCCGUCACCAGCUUCUGACUCUGACAUGGUGACUCAUGAUCUGGGCUGCAACUGUGAGGAUGAGAACAGGGUGGAGAUCAUUGAAACUUUUACUCCUGCACCAGAUGGGGUAUACAGCUACAACAGAACCCAUCUUCCCUUUGGACGCCCAGCAGUGAUGUUCACCACUCGGUACAGUCUACUACAUCAUGUGGAGUUCAUCAGUGGAUACAGUAAAGAACUGGCCAUGCCGUUAUGGACCUCAUACACUCUGCCCCAGCAGGAGGAUCCAGCUCCCGUUCCAGAAGUUUCACCCUCUAAUAACUGUGUCAGGGUUGACCCAAGAGUGUCUUCAGCUUACAGCCAGAGCUGCACAGGCUAUAACCACAACAGCCACCUCACAUAUGGCUUCCUCUUUCCCCCAGAUUUUGCAAUAUCUUCUGAAUCCAGAUAUGAUGCUUCACUCAUCACCAACACUGUCCCUAUGUACCCUGCUUUUAAAAGAAUUUGGAGUUACCUGCAGAGGACACUGCUAAGACUUUACAGUAACGAAAACAAUGGUAUUAAUGUUCUGUGCGGGCCUAUCUUCGACCAUAACUACGAUGGCCUUCGAGACACUACGGAGCAGAUUAAAGAGUUUUCAGAAGAAGCACUGCCCAUUCCUACCCACUUCUACACCAUUGUGACAAGUUGCCAGGAGAUGAACCAGACGGUGGAUGAGUGUGAAGGGGCACUUCAGGUGUUCUCCUUCAUCCUUCCUCACAGGCCAGACAACAGUGAAACCUGCAAUAAUGCCGAGAAUGAGUCCCAGUGGGUUGAAGACAUGCUGAAGCACCACACAGCUCGAGUUCGGGAUGUGGAGAUCUUAACGGGCCUGGACCUUUACAGAUCCACCAACCUCACCUAUACCAGCAUCCUGGGCCUCAAAACCUACAUGAACACCUUUGAGAAUGAUGACUAGACUAAGAAACUCAGACACAGAUGCACAGAAUGUCAUGACAGCCCUGUAUUAUCUCUGCAUGCUCGCUGAAGUAUACUUAUUUUGCUUCAAAGGAACUGUUUAAGAAGAGCUUUAACAUGGGGGUACAUUUCUGGUAAUUAAUAAAAAAGACCUUUCUCUAACAUAAUGCAUAUUGAAACUGAAGACAGUAAGGUUUUAGCAAAGAUUAGUAACACUAAGCCUUAAACAAGAUCUUAUCAUGGAGGCAGACUUCAUGAGCAACUGAAACAAAAAAUUGCUUCUGAUGUUACGCAUGAAUUGAAACAGAAAGAGCGCACCUAACCCUGUAAUCUAUAUGCAAUUAAAGAGAUCCUCCUAUUAACUGAAAAGCACAUAAGCUCAGACAUAUUGUAUUUUCCCAGUGAUUGUAAAAGCAAAAGCAAAUCACAUCUUGUGAAAAAAAAUGCUAUAAUUUGGAUAUACAACCAAAAGAAUUCAUGCUUACCUCCCUUAAAAUGCUUACAGAAGCACCGAAGUAUGCCACAUAAUGCAAAAAAUUAUAAUUUGUCUGCAUACUGAAUCUAACCCCAUAUAAUACUCUGGUACCAAUGCUGGGUCAACCAAAGCUAACCAUAUCUUUACUUUUUUGCUCAACAUUUAUAAAAUAUAGAACUGUUCAAAACAUAAAAAAACUAA